AGGCGAGAAGAGUUUGCACGCUGUAAACGACAGCAACGACUAGGUGUAAUAACUGACACACCAUGAAGAGCUCAAACUUCACCGGCUUGGUGUUGACGGUUGCUGCCUUGCAAUUUUGGGCGGGCAGCGCUGCACAGCCGGCUUCCUGCCGUGUGCACGCGCACUGUGGACCUGGAAAAGCUAGCUUCUGUAGCAGCGUCCCGUUCGCGCGGGAGGUCAACGGCACGUGUCAGCCAUGCUGGUCCUGCUGCCUGCAACCCGACCGACUCAACUUCACAGCACUGCUAGACGCCGCCGGCAGGGCCGUGAUCGGUGGUUGCACCAUACGAUGCGCCUGCAAUGCCGGUCAGCGCUGCGGCAGUAGCAGCGCCAACUGCGGCCUGGGCAUGUUCUGUAUGGCGCCAGAUGCUGCUACUGCCGCCGGCGCCGGUGCGGACGCUGCUACAGCCGGCGUCGGCGUGGCGGGGGAGCCCCAGUGCCAGCCAUGCACACGCUGUACGCGAGACGCUUUGGCCUUCGACCCGGGCGGCUGCGCGGCGGCCUGCCCCACCGGGCCACUGGAGGCUCUGGCCGGCUUGCCUCUGUUGAUGCCCGCUGGCGGCAGCAACGGCAGUAGCACUGGCGGUGGCGGCAGUAGCAGCAGCAGCGGCGGCGCCAGCCCUGAUGGCAGUAGCAACAGCUCGCUCACGGUGGUGGGCCCCGACGAACACCAGCAGCAGCUGGUCACGGCCACGGUGCUGCUGGCGUUUGCGCUGCAGCCCUGGCGCCGGGCGGGGGCAGACCGCUCUCUGGUGACACGCGCUGAGCUGGCAGGCUACCUGGCGGCGCAGCCCUCCCUGGACGUGGCAGUGAAUGACACCCUUCCGUCGUACACUGACCGCUUCGUACGGCAGGCGCUCGUACACUUGUACGGCGCGUCGGCGGUGGCGCCUGAUGAUGCGCUGCUGGCGAUUGCGGCGCAAGCCGGCACAGCAGACGGCGGCGGCGGCGGCGGCGACGCGGGGGCGGGUGGGGAUGUCCCGCUGGUGGACGUGGCGGGGGAGCUGUUGGCCGGCGCGCCGCGGCUGCUGUGCCCACGGCUCUCGCCCGCCCUCAACCCCAAUGCCUCCACAUUGCCGCGACUGACCGGCCCCGGCUGUCCCUGCAACCUCAGCAGUAGCAGCAGUGACAGCAGCCCGCCCGCCGCCUUCCGCUGCCCCGCCGGCCACCGCUGCGGGCCGGCGGCGCGCUACCGCCUGCUACUGCCGCCGGUGGACCUGGCGGCGGGGGCAGCGGGGGCGGAGGCGGAAGUGUUGGGCGGCGUGUGCGUGCCGUGCGGCGGCGGACAGCGAUGCGAGGAGGGCACCGUUGAGCCGGCAGCUGUUGGCGGCGGCGAGGCUGGCUCCGCCCGCGCUCUGGACUGUCCCGCUGGCUACUACUGCCCUGGGCCCGGCGACCUGCUGCCCUGCCCGCCCGGCUUCUUCUGCCCCGCCCGCUCGCAAUCCGCCACCACCUGCAACUACACCAUAUUGCUUGCUUCCCAAGAAAGCAUUGCCUCAAUGCUGGCAACCCCGAGUGGCAGUGGCAGUGGCAGUAGCAACGGCAGUAGCAGCAGUAGCAGCAGCAGUAGCAGUGGAUCCUCCAGGGCGGACCUGGUGGAGCUGCUGCAGCGGCUGCGGAACGCGCGCGAGCCGGUGCGCGGCAACUACUGCCCCGAGGGGUCGGCCCAGCCCAGCACGCCAUGCCCCGGCGGCCGCUUCUGCCCCAAUGCAAGUGUGAGCCUGGUGUGCCCCCGGGGUCACUUCUGCAAGCGCCAGUCCAUCUACCCCGUGCGCUGCCCGCUCAUUGCGGUGUCAUGCCCGGAGGGCACCGCGGAGCCCGACGGCCGCCCCCUGGCGGCGCUGGUGUUCAGCGUCAGUGUGGCGGUGGUGUGCGGUCUGGCCUUCCUGGUCACGCAGUACAUGGCGCUCCGACAGGAGCAGUCGUCGGGCGGCACCCCAGGGACAGGCGGCGGCAGCGGCAGCGGCGGCGGUGGUGGCUGUGGGUGGCCCUGCUGGUCCUGCUGCGCUGGUGCCGCCGGCGUCAAGGAGCAUCUAGACCCUCGCAAUGGCGGCGCAGGGAAAGGAGGCGACGGUGAUUCGGGAGGCAGCUCGCGUCAGCAGCUGCAGAACCAGCGCACGGCGGAGCAGGCGCAGGCGCCGGGCUCAAAGUCGUUUGACAUCAGAGACAAGUACUACUGGAAGCUGGAUGCAGCCGUGGGCAUUCGCUUCAGUGACGUGCGCUUUGAGGGCCGGCUGGACCACGCCGUCAGCGGCACGUUCAAGGCAGGAGACUUCAACGUCAUCAUGGGCCCCUCCGGCUGCGGUAAGUCCACCCUCAUCGGUGUGCUCAGCGGCCGCCUGCGGGCGCCCCACGUGACUGUGUACGAGCAGCACGCGGGAGAGGGCAGCAGCCACGGUGGCGGGCGAGGCGUCGGCAGCGGCGGUGGUGGUGGCGGUGGCGGUGGCGGCGGGGCGCCAGGCGGAGGAGGAGGGGCUGGAGCCGGUGGCGGUGGUGGUGGUGGUGGUGGUGGUGUUUCGGCUGCUGGGGGCGCGGCUGCUGCUGGGGCUGAGCCACAGCCGUCGCAGGGGAAGAAAGAAGCGGAGCCACACGCGGGCUUGCUGGAGGAGGUCGCGCUGAGUGAGACUCGCUUCAGGCGGCUGCUGGGCUACAUGCCGCAAGACGACAUCCUCCACCCCGACCUCACUGUCAGGGAGAACAUCGAGUUCAGCGCGCGACUGAAGCUGUUGCACACCGUGACACCCGAGGACCGGCGCCGGAUGGUGUCCGACACGCUCCGCAUGUUGAACAUGGAGUCACGGGCGCACGUGCUGACAGGCAGCGUCGACAAGAAAUACCUGUCGGGUGGGCAGCGCAAGCGUGUGUCCAUUGGCAUUGAGAUCGUCAGCAAGCCGCCCGUCAUGUUCAUGGAGGAGCCCACCAGCGGCCUGGACGCCAGCAGGGGCGCCGACAUCUGCGGCGUGCUGGCCAAGCUGGCCCACGAGUUCGGCAUCAACGUGGUGGCGGUGCUACACACACCCCGCUACUCCACAUUCAAGAUGUUUGACCACUUGGUGCUGUUGGGCCACAGCGGCUGCACGGUGUUCAUGGGGCCGCCCAAGUACUGCGUGAGGUACUUCAGGACACACCUGGGCUACAGCUUCCCGCCCAAAGACAACCGGGCCGACACCCUGCUGGACAUCAUCACAGGCAAACACACCCUUGACCAUGAAGAGCUGGAGGGGCGGGACAUGGCAGCGGCGCUGUACGGCGAGGACACCGGUAACGGCGGCGGCGGCAACGGAGGCGGCGGCGGGGGCGGCUUCGGAGGCGGCCGCGGCGGCGGCGAUGGCGGCUUCGGGGGCGGCGGCGGCGGCGGCUUCGGGCACGGCGGCGGCGGCGGCCGCGGCGGCGGCGGCACGGCCUGGAGGUCGCCUGCCGCGCGGGGGAGCACAAGCCGCGGCAGCGCCGCCGCCAGGGCGGCGGCUGGAGGCAAUGAUGAUGAUGAGCAGGCGGCGGCGCGGCAAGGCACGCACGAGGUGGCAGGAGGGUGGGCUGCUGGGCCUGCUGUAUCGGGUGGGCUGGCGCAGGCGGCUGCGGGGGCGGCUGCGGGGGCGGGGGUGGCGGAGCCGGAGCCGGAGCCCCGCCGCCAGCGGGUGGCUAGUACGGCAGAGUACCUGGCGGAGCGGUGGCGGUUGGGCGGCGCACGCUGGAUGCGUGUGGCGCGGUGGCAACACGCGGUGCAGGAGACGAUCCGCAGGAAGAGGGAAAGAGAAGCAAAUUUCCGCAACAUCGUCCAAGGCGUGCGCCAGCAAAACAAAGACGAUGACGAUCAGGGCGCAGGCCCAGGCACUGAUGCUCACGCCUGGACACACACAGCGGCCGGGCGGGUGUGGGCGACAGCAGCACGCGGCACAGCACCACCUACAGAAGCAGCAUCAGAAGCGACAGCCGUGGUACCGGCGCGCGCGGAUGUCCGCGUCUUCGGACGCCUGCAGCUGUCGCCAACCUUGACGGCGCCAAAGCCCCCGCAGCCCGCGACGCAUGCAGCGGCGACCGCUCAAAUGCCGGUGGCAGAAUUCCUUGUUGGAGCAGCGCCAUCAGCAGUAGCGACAGCAGCGGCGACAGCAGCGGCGACAGCAGCAGCACAAGCAGCACAGCCGUCGUCACAGCAGAGGCAGGCGCGUCCUGUACCAGCAUCAUUGGAAGAGGGGCUCAGCCACUCGGCACGGUGGGACGAGAACCCGCUGUUUGUGCGGUCACUCACUGACGGCAGCGGGAAGUUGACACCACCGCCGCCGCAGCAGCAGCAGCAGCAGCACCAUACCCAGCAGCAGCCACAACAGCAGCAGCAGCAGCAGCAGCAGACGAUGGCUCAGCGGCUGGCGGCGCCGCCGGCUCUGUCACUGCUGCCGCCGCCAACGCCACCAGUGCCGCAAGCACCCAUGACCCAGACCACCAGCGGCCCUGUCGCUGGCCCCGCAGCUGCUGCCCAGCUGCCAGCUCCAGCGGAUGAGGCGGUCCCCGCACCCGGCGCUACAGCUGCAGCUACAACCGGUCGUACAGCUGCAGCUACAGCCGGUGCUGAAGCUGCGGCUACAGCCGCACGCGGCGCGGCAGUAGCACCAGCAGCGGCUGCCGCUGCGGCCGCGGCUGCCGGCGUCUCGGCGGUGGCUGUCAGUGCUGGCGGCGGGGCGGCGGUCGCGGCGGCCGCAGGUGCGGCUCCACUUGCGGCUGCCAACACCGCUGAGGCGCCGGAGAAGCAGGCAGUCGGUGGCAGCAUGCGGCGCUUUGUGAGCCGGCUGCGGCCCAGCCGGGACCGGAAAGCGGCAGGAGGCAGGCGGCCGCCGGUGACGGGCACCGUGUACCUCAUCCGUCAGCCCGUGGUCACGGCCGAGAGCAGCUCCAAGCGUCUGCUCCGCAGCAAUGCCAGCAGAUCCCAUGACGCCGGCACCCACGCCCACACCCACACCCACACCAACACCCGCCCCUCCAUCAGCGGCAACGGCGGCACCGCCGUGGGACUGGACGGGGCUGGCCUCGCGCAGGGCAAGGGCUCGGUGGGCCCGGAGAAAGCCACGCCUGCAGCCGCCGCAACAGCAGGUGGCGACGGCAGCGGCCGCACCAGCAGCAGGUCGGCGGCGCGGAUGGCGCGGUCGCCGCUGCAGCGCUGGUGGCGGGACGUGCUGCAGGCCCGGAGGGACGUGCAGCUGUAUUGGCUGCUGUGGCGUGCCGGGCUCAAGGCCAGUCGCGCCUUCGUGCCGCCCACGGUGUUGGACAUGCUCGUGCUGCAGGGCGCCGCCUUCAUUGUGGGAGCCAUACAGGGCACGGGCUGGGGCCUGGCGGCGGUGCCCUCCAACUUCAUCAUGGCCUAUCUUGUGCUGGCGGUGCUGUCCGCCGUCACACACCUGCGCACCUUCUCCGCCAACAGGACCGUGCAGCGCUAUGAGCGCAUGAGCGGCAUCUCGGUGGCCGCCUCCUUCGCCGCCGCCAACGCCGCGGACCUGGGCUGGGUGUGUCUGGCGCCCGCGGCGUUCAUGGCGCUGUACUACUACCUGGUGCUGCCGCAGGCUCCGCUGUACCUGCUGUACACGGUGGGGCUGAUGGUGUGCUGGUGGAGCAGCGGCCUGGCCUACGCCAUUGCCACGUCGCUCGUGCCGCCGCAGAACCAGCUCAUCACCACCGUCAUCCUCACGCUCAUCAUGGGCGCCUUCCUGCACGGCCUCAACCCCUCGCUCCGCACCGCCCGCGGCACACUGCUGGAGGCAGCCCUGGCGCUCAGCUACAACCGCUGGGCCGUGGAGGCCGCAACCAUCCUGGAGUACCGCGAGUACUGGUCGUACAAGUGGAACGAGGUCAUGGUCAUCUACUACAACUACGGCUUGUGUGGCAUGGACAAGAAACUGCGUGCGCUCACUGACGGGGGCGACAGUAUCGGUAGUGGCGCGCCGCUGUCGCCGGCCGCGGUGCUGUCCUUCCUCCGCAGCGCCCGCGGCUUCAAAGCGGACGACUGCGACGGCCACGUGGCCGCGGCGCUGCUGGUGCUGCUGGGCCUGGGCGCGGGGCUGCGGGCGCUGGCCUACCUGCAGCUCCGAGUGGGCAGCGAGGUCCUGGAGGCGCUGGAAGCUGUGGCGGCUGCCGCCAACAAGGUCGCCAGACAAGUGUUCCAGAAACUGUACGCCUGGAGCUGUGCCGUCUGUGGCCGGUGCGCCCGCCGACAGCUGCCCAGACUGGCAUUUGAAAGUGGUGGCGGGGAGGCGCGGGAUGAGAGCAGCUCACACGACCCCGUUUGAGUCCAACAUUGCUUCACUGACCCCGAAUGAGUGCAUGAUUGCUCGACAUGCAAUAUGCAGCCUUGCCUAUGACAUUUUGCAUUGAUGCAUGCCUGCUUUGGUCAUCGCCUAGAGCCGGGUAUACAGCGGUCUGCGUGUACUACAAGUGAGUGGAUUGUGAGUGCGUGGUCCCGGACUGUAACUGCGUGGUUGAGUACUGGGGUUUGUGAUUAGGCAAGCAGGCUGUACGUGCCGUGUGUAUCCGAGCACAGCGCAUCUCUGUGCUGUUGUUGUUGUUGGGAGCGGGCACACGAACUCGGGGGCAGAUGUGUGCAGAGGGGCUCGCCUAUCGGCAAGCAGCAGGGUGGGAACUGGGAAAUGGCUUCAUUCAUGUCGGCAUGAAGGCUGCGAUGGGGGGCAGGAUGGCGCAGUCCCGUACGCCGUAGUCCGCAGCGUACUCCCAGUCUCCCAGACCCCAACAUUCAAUUUGCAACGUCACGGCAAGAUUGCGCAUUUGCGCGGAAGAAAGGGACCAGUGAGAUUAGCGUGGAUGAGUAUGCCGCGACUAGAGACGGCGGCUGUGCACACCCACAGCGUUUGCAAGCCACCCUCCAGGCACCCUGACUGAAUUCUGACACCAUGGCCGUCUUUGUCUGGGGCCGCGUGGUGGCACUC